CUCCCUGGCAACCCAAACACAUUUGCCCUCAGCGGGUUGGGGCGCAGUGUUUGGUACGUCGGACCCUCCCCGAUACCACAGACAGUCAGCGGCUGCUAGAGGGUCGCUGUUCUGCGGAGGACGCUGCUCACAGAGCGGAAGAUGGCGACUGUUUGGAGGCUGCAGAGGAACCUCCGGAGCUGAUACCGGGGGGAAGGAGAGGAAAGAUACACACUCAGAGCUCACAAAAGACCACGUCCAAAACAACGGCAAUAAUGUCCCGCUCCCUUGACAAUGAGGAUGGAUGCUUUGUUGCCAUGGAUACCGAAGACGAUGGUGCAGAGCCUGCUGGGAUAACAGAGGAAGUAGAGGCAAAGAUGGGGUCCUGCCGACAAGAAGGGAACAUGGACAGUGGUGCCAAAGGAGGGGGGAGAACAAUGAUGGAGUUGCCAGAGGAAGUUCUUGAAUAUAUUUUGUCCUUUCUCUCACCUUACCAGGAGCACAAAACUGCUGCACUUGUAUGUAAGCAGUGGUAUCGCCUCAUUAAAGGUGUUGCUUAUCAGUGCUACCAUGGUUUCUUGAGAGCUGUCCAAGAGGGAAAUAUCCAGUGGGAAAGUCGCACAUACCCAUAUCCAGGAACCCCUAUCACUCAGCGCUUCUCUCACAGUGCGUGUUACUAUGACUCAAACCAGUCCAUGUAUGUGUUUGGGGGUUGCACUCAGAGUAGCUGCAACGCUGCCUUCAAUGAUCUAUGGAGACUUGACCUCAACAGCAAGGAGUGGAUCCGCCCUUUAGCCUCAGGCUCUUAUCCAUCUCCUAAGGCUGGAGCAACUUUAGUGAUGCACAAAGAUCUGUUAGUGCUGUUUGGGGGAUGGACUCGUCCCAGCCCUUAUCCACUGCACCAACCAGAAAGGUUUUUUGAUGAAAUCCACACCUACUCGCCUUCAAAGAACUGGUGGAACUGUAUAGUAACAACACAUGGACCUCCACCUAUGGCUGGUCACUCUUCGUCUGUAAUUGGAAACACCAUGGUGGUCUUUGGGGGAUCACUGGGAGCACGUCAAAUGAGUAAUGAAGUCUGGGUUCUGGAUCUGGAGCAGUGGUCAUGGUCCAAACCACCCAUAUCUGGCCCAUCACCCCACCCACGAGGAGGCCAGUCACAAAUUGUGAUUGACGAUCACACGUUACUCAUCUUGGGAGGCUGUGGUGGUCCUAAUGCACUCCUUAAAGAUGCCUGGCUCCUCCACAUGGAUGCACCACCAUGGAAGUGGCAGCAGUUGCAGGUGGAAAACGAGGACCACGGAGCCCCCGAGCUGUGGUGUCACCUAGCUUGUAGAGUCGGGCAGUGUGUGGUGGUUUUCUCACAGGCUCCAUCUGGCCGUGCACCACUCAGCCCAAGUCUUAACUCUCGGCCCUCCCCCAUAAGUGCCACACCUGCCCCUCUGGGCCCUGAACCUCCUUCCCUGCGCUCUCAGUCUCCUGUUCGGAGUGGGGCCGCUGGUGUUGUCCUGGGAGCUGUUGAAGAGGCUCCCUGUGUAAACGGUCGAUGGGGCACUUUGAGACCUCGGCCUUCAGCGAGAGGAAGUGCCAGAGAUGGGAGCCCUUCCUCAUCCCAACAGCCGUCUCCUUCACAAGGCCCAGAUAGCCCUCCUCUUCCUCCACUUCCCCCAUUAUUAAAUGGAUCCUCCCCUUCACCCCGAAAUAGCCCAGCCCAGGCUGCGUCUCCUCCCUCCCGUCCUCACCUGCCUGCCUCCACAGACUAUGACUGGGAGUCCCCACCUUCUACCGCUCACCACCCUGAGGUACCCAGCACUAAUGGCCUCCAUACACCUCCUGCAGGCUCCUCACGCACUCCCCCGGGAGCGGUGUCCCCCGCUGCCUUACGACGAGGUCUGGAAGCAGUGAAAAACAAAUCUUCCUCAUCUUUACCGUCUUCAUCGUCAUCGUCUUCCAUUCAGACACAGGGGGCUGCUCCAGGUGGAGGUGCAGGUCCUCCUGGAACCCCUCCGUCAUCAUCCUCCAGCCCUCCACAGGCUGCUGGAGCAGAUGGACAUGCUAUCCCACCUAUUGCACGGCGUCUCGGCCAUCACCCACCUCAGAGCCUGAACGUAGGGAAACCUCUUUACCAGUCUCUCAACUGCAAGCCCAUGCAGAUGUACGUGUUGGAUGUGUCUCGGGCCAAAUCUGCGGGGGUGGUGUCCUGGAGAGUUUACGGAAAUGGGACCCCCGCUGCAGUCACAGGGCCACCUGAGACCAGCCUUCACACAGUGGUACAGGGAAGAGGAGAGCUCAUCAUUUUUGGGGGCCUCAUGGACAAAAAACAGAAUGUGAAGUACUACCCUAAAACCAACGCCUUGUACUUUGUACGUGCUAAAAGGUAAUGCAGCUCCAGGACGACAGACUCCGCCGUUUGACCACAGAAGGGAAUUGACACACAAGGCCUUUUUCCUGUAGGAUUAUGGGAAAGUAACAUAAUCAUUGUUAGAUGUUCCACUUCAAAUUCACUAUUCUCCCUUCUGCCUACUGCAAGCAUUCAAAAUAAAACACUUUAUCUACACUUUGAUAAAAACAACUUUUGUUUGAAUGAGAAUUGUGUGUGCGCGUGUAUGUGUGUGUUUGUAUGUGUAUGUUUAACGAGAACAGGACAUUUCUGUUUCCCAAAAGGUGAUCAAUCAAACAAUAACAUUUCAGUUUUUCUGUGUCACCCUCCUCUGAACUCUUGAAAGAGAGGAACUCUGGAAGAACAGUUGAUGACUACCUUGCUUUUUGUAUCACUCUUUAAGCCUGCAAUGUUUACAUUGAAAACUGUGUGAGUGUGUGUGCACGGUGGUGUUUAAAAGUUGUUGACUAUUGUGUGUGUGUGUGUGUGUGUGUGUGUUGGGGGGGCAUGGUGGGUGAGAGAUGUGGCACUGUACUAUAAACAUAGUUAAACAAUAAAGGCCUCCAUGUCUGCUCUGUCA